AGGAUGGCGGCUGGAGCUGAGGCCGCGGCUCGGUGUUUGGAGGAAUCUUCGGACAGCGAGCCGGAACAGGAGCCCGGUUCGCCGCAGAAGCUGAUCCGCAAGGUGUCCACUUCUGGUCAGAUCCGCAGCAAGACAAUCAUUAAAGAAGGCCUGCUGAUGAAACAGACCAGCUCAUUUCAACGCUGGAAGAAACGUUACUUCAAGCUUCGAGGGAGGACACUUUACUAUGCAAAAACAGCCAAGUCCAUUAUCUUUGAUGAAGUCGAUUUAACAGAUGCCAGUGUGGCAGAGUCCAGCACAAAAAAUGUCAACAACAGCUUCACGAUAAUCACUCCAUGCAGGAAGCUUAUUCUCUGUGCUGAAAAUCGUAAAGAGAUGGAAGACUGGAUUGCGGCACUGAAGAGUGUCCAAAACCGAGAGCUUUUCGAGUCUACUCAGUACAGCAUGGACCACUUCUCAGGAAUGCACAAUUGGUACGCUUGCUCACAUGCCAGACCUACUUACUGCAAUGUAUGUCGUGAAGCUCUUUCUGGUGUUACCUCACAUGGACUGUCGUGUGAAGUCUGUAAGUUCAAAGCUCACAAAAGAUGUGCCAUUCGUGCGACAAACAACUGCAAGUGGACAACCCUGUCCUCUAUCGGCAAGGACAUCAUAGAAGACGAGGAUGGGAUCUCAAUGCCUCAUCAGUGGCUGGAGGGAAACCUUCCAGUCAGUGCCAAGUGCACAGUGUGUGACAAGACCUGUGGCAGUGUGCUGAGACUGCAGGACUGGCGAUGUUUGUGGUGCAAAGCUAUGGUACACACAUCAUGUAAAGAGUUGCUAUCCAGUAAGUGCCCGCUUGGCCAAUGCAAGGUGUCUGUGAUACCACCUACUGCCUUGAACAGCAUUGACUCAGAUGGUUUCUGGAAGGCCACAUGCCCCCCCUCAUGUACAAGUCCCCUCCUCGUCUUUGUGAACUCCAAGAGUGGUGACAACCAGGGAGUGAAGUUUCUGCGACGCUUCAAGCAGCUGCUAAAUCCAGCCCAGGUUUUUGAUCUCAUGAAUGGAGGACCCCACCUUGGCCUUCGCCUCUUCCAAAAGUUUGACACCUUUAGAAUUCUAGUAUGUGGUGGAGAUGGAAGUGUGGGCUGGGUCCUGUCUGAAAUCGACACCCUCAUGUUACACAAACAGUGCCAACUGGGUGUUUUGCCUCUGGGCACAGGCAAUGACUUGGCACGUGUGCUAGGCUGGGGCUCUGCAUGCGAUGAUGAUACCCAACUCCCGCAAAUCCUAGAGAAACUGGAAAGAGCAAGUACCAAAAUGCUGGAUAGGUGGAGCAUCAUGGUUUACGAGACCAAGUUUCCCCGACAGCCUUCUUCAUCCACUGUUACUGAAGAUUAUAGCGAAGACUCUGAGGUCCAGCAGAUAUUAGUUUAUGAAGAUUCAGUUGCUGCUCACUUGUCAAAAAUCUUGACAUCCGACCAGCACUCAGUGGUGAUCUCCUCAGCAAAGGUGCUCUGUGAAACGGUAAAGGAUUUUGUGGCGAGAGUGGGGAAGGCUUACGAGAAAACACCAGAGAGUUCUGAAGAGUCAGAGGCCAUGGCCAAGAAGUGCAAUGUCCUCAAGGAGAAGCUGGACUCCCUUCUCAAGACACUCAAUGAGGAGUCUCAAGCCUCCACUUGCCUUCCCAGCCAUCCACCCACCAUUGCAGAGGAACAAGAGGAUGGAGAGGGGAUGCAUUCACCUACCAGAGACCACCCCACUCCUCCCCAGAUUCCGUGCCCUUCUAGAAGUCCCCAAGCCAUCUUUAAACCACGGGAGCAGCUCAUGUUAAGAGCCAACAGCCUGAAGAAGGCCAUCAGGCAGAUCAUUGAACACACGGAAAAGGCUGUGGAUGAGCAAAACACCCAGACACAAGAGCAGGAGAUCUUCACACUGGUGAGCACAUCUGAAGAUGAAAACAAAAGUGAGGAAAAGCCAUCCCAGGGCGUAAAUCUUGUCAGCAUCACGAACAAAGGGCGGGCACCAAGAAAAGCAUCCAAAUCUCCAUGCGAGAGGCUGAUUGGCAAAGGAAGUCUGUCAGUGGGCAGCUCUGCAUCACUUCCUGCCCAGACAGGAAACCGGGACAGCUUACCGAUGCUGAACACGAAAAUUCUGUAUUCAAGUUUACGUCCUGGCCACUCAGGCUCACUACCAGGCAACUCGGUCAUCAGCCGCUUAUUGGUGAAUGCAGAACCCUUUAACUAUGAUCCAGACAGCCUUGACUGUUAUACCGAGAAGUGUGUCAUGAACAACUAUUUUGGCAUCGGACUGGAUGCAAAAAUCUCUCUUGACUUCAACAACAAGCGAGAUGAGCACCCAGAGAAGUGCAGAAGUCGCACAAAGAACAUGAUGUGGUACGGUGUGCUUGGAACCAAAGAGCUACUUCACAGGACGUACAAAAACCUGGAGCAGAAAGUGCUGCUAGAGUGUGAUGGCCGACUCAUUCCCUUGCCCAGCCUGCAGGGCAUUGCAGUACUGAAUAUCCCCAGCUAUGCAGGAGGGACCAAUUUCUGGGGAGGGACCAAGGAAGAUGAUAACUUUACAGCACCCUCAUUUGAUGACAAGAUUUUGGAGGUGGUAGCAGUCUUUGGCAGUAUGCAGAUGGCGGUGUCAAGGGUGAUCAAUCUUCAGCACCACCGCAUUGCUCAGUGUCGUACUGUGAAGAUCACCAUUCUGGGAGAUGAAGGUGUUCCAGUGCAGGUGGAUGGAGAGGCAUGGGUCCAGCCUCCUGGGUACAUCCGGAUUAUUCACAAAAACCGAAUGCAGACGCUCACCAGAGACCGGGCUUUUGAGAACACUUUGAAAUCAUGGGAGGACAAACAGAGAUGCGAGUUUCCAAGACCUUCAUCCCAGCAUGCUCUGCUGCCACCAGAGAUUGUCUCAGAGGAAGAGGCAUUGCAGAUCAAUCAGUUUGGUCAGGCUGCUGGAGCACUCAUACGCAGCAUUCGAGAAAUCGCCCAGUCCCAACAGACCAUUGAGCAAGAACUUGCACAUGCCGUCAAUGCCAGCUCCAAAUCCAUGGAUGUGGUCUAUGGCAACUCGAAAAACACAGAGAGUUUGGACUGCGGGUCAGUCAUCGAGAUGGUCAGCAAUGUUAAGGCUCUACACAAUGAGACGGAGCUGCUGUUGAGGGGAAAGAUGAGUCUGCAGUUAGAUUCCCCUCAGAAAGAGCAGUUGUCAAAUGCCCUCGGAAAUGUAGACCUACAGCUUCAAAAACUGUCUGAAAUUUCUUGGCUAUGUCAGCUGUUUGAGCCUGUGGACGAUGAGAGUCACCUAAUGGAAUAUACGAAGCGAAGCCGCAGUGGGAAGUUCCGCCUGGUGCCAAAGUUUAAGAAGGAGAAGAACAACAAGAACAAGGAAGCUGCAGGGAGCUGUCUCAGUCAGCCAGUGCACCUCUGGGGUACGGAAGACGUGGCAGUGUGGCUGGAGGUGCUCAGCCUCUGCGAGUACAAGGACACUUUCAUUGGCCAUGACAUCCGUGGAGCCGAGCUCCUGCACCUGGAGCGGCGUGACCUCAAGGAUUUGAUUUGGGGAGUGACGAAAGUGGGCCACAUGAAGAGGAUUUUACAUGGAAUCAAGGAGCUGAGCCGGAACAGUCCUGCCACCGAGGCAUAGCCUCAGCGUUCACCUCCUGCAUUUUCAAAGCGCAUUAAUGAAGGAACUAUUUGGUUUUCUACCAGUUUUGCUGUCCACAAGCGUGCCUGGGCAAAUCUUGAAACUGAAACCUCUUACAAGCCAUGUGAUCCGAUCCAUCUUAGUUGGGUGGUUAUUUUUAUUUAUUUAUUGAUUUUUUUUUUUUAAUUGGAAUAGUCUAAUCUAGUCUGCUUUUGCAGUUUCCUACACAGCUGACCCCCAAAUGCUUGGAGCAAAAAAAAAAAAAAAAAUAGUGCAUACAACUAAGGUCUGGUCCCAAAUGUGCCUGGUUAUUGCUGCUGCUGAAGAGCCAAUGAAAACGGAGUGGGUUCCACAGCAUUCGUGCCUUAACUGAUCCACUUUCAAUAUAGAUUGUAUUGAAUCAGGAGACCGUCUUGGGAAUUUUAAAGCUGGUUUGCCGUGGAGCCAAAUCUUUGAAGGAGAAGGAGACCAUGUCAUCUGGGCAAGCUGGUUGCACCAUCUGGCGCAUGCUCAAUGCUCUGACUCAAGAAGCUCUACUGCAAUUGCCUUAAACAAAUGCCAUAUCCUGCUACAAUCAGGGUCAUAAUGAAUGAACUACCCAGUCCUGCUCUUGAACAUUUUUAUUCUUUUAAUUGAAUUUUGUACGUCGAACAAAAAUCCUAUGAACUCGCUUUUUGAAGUCUUGGGUUCAUCAUGUUGAAAUUUCUCCCAUCACAGUACCUGUGCAUUUGGAAGGCACCAGCAAACAUUGUGAUUUAUUUCAUUCCAGGGGUAGGGCUGUUUUUUGUUUUGUUUUGUUUUUUGUUUAAUUAUUAAUUUUUUUUUUUAUAUUCCAAUGGAUCACCUUUUUGCAGAAUGUUUUGAUUUAUGAUGAAUUUGGACUUUACUCCACAUCCUUCUCCAUACUUGGUACCGUUACAUUAAUUUGGAAGCCUGCUUUUUCCAAAGCACGCUGGACCACCGCUUUCUACCCAGUGCCUCUCAAAACUAAAAGGGCCACAAUGUCUUGUACAAAAUUUUUUUAUACAAAUAUAACUCUCAUCUGUCCUGCAAGGUACAAUCCACAUGGCAUUAUGUCAAGACCCACCGGUCUGUCAGGGUUUUCUCCCAGGCAAGGAUAACCAAUCACAACUACUCAACCUCCAUGUUGAUAACUGAAGUGACUGCCCUUGGGCAUGAACCCACUCAGUACCAGAUUGCACAAUUCUUCUCGAACGUGUAGGUCCAAGCAAAGGAGCCCUAUUCAUGCCUGCUGCUACUAAUGGCACCAAAAGACUUGGAAAUUCAUUCCAAAAUCACUUUCUCAAAAUUGGUACUUUGUUUUUAUUAUUUAUUAUUAUUGUCGUGUAACUGUGAAAAACAUCAGGAAUGUAAUUUACUGAAAGCCAGCCUUCUUGUCUAAGGGACAGAAACAAAAGAGACAAAAUCAAAAAUGAAAUGUAUUAAGUCCCCAUGGAAGUGUUUUCAGCUUCGCUCCGCAAAACCCAUGGGCUGACAGUUGGAGAGUUCCAUUGGGAACAUCUUCCCAGGGAUUCAGAGAGACAGCAUGGGCCUGCAAAUCUGACUUCAGGGACCAGCGGGCCUGAAAACAAAAAUGGAUAAGUCGAUGGCAGGCUUCAGCUGAGAAAAAAAAAAAAACAAACAAACAAACUGGGGACCCCCUCAGCUUAAAAGCAAGUCAUUUUGCUUUCAGGGUACAAAAGAAAUCCUCAAUGGGGGUGUUGAGGGUUAGCGGUUGUGCUCGUACAAGAAAAGAAUUAUGCAAAAUAAAACAAAGUGUUUUGAAAGCAGGGGUAGGUGAACUAUUCUGCUUUAAUUUGUUCAUGGACAACACUUAGCCUUGAUCAUAGAAUGGAUGUGUGACUUUUAACCACCCCUUGUGUCUUUCUCAUCUUUUCUUGUUCCUGGUCGCUAUCAUCUUCAACAGCUAAGCCCCACCUGGCACACUGACGCUUUCAAUUUAGCAUGUUGCCAUCUUUUUUUAUAAUUUAUUUACUUGAUAGCUUGGCUUCCAGGUUUACUGUCUGGGGACUUUUAGGGACCAGCCAUAUUGUGCCUGCCUUGCUCUGUCCCCCUUGCUUUUGACACAGUUGGAAACCACAGACACUGAGGCCUUCGGGGAAAGACAAUGACGGCAAGAAUGUUGUUCAGUCGCAGGCUAAAUUCCACUUCAAUUCUUUCAUUCUGUUGCUGUCCUGGUGUAGUGGUGAUGCAAAUCUUAACAAUAUGCAGCACUGAAGUUCUUGGAUUUUAACAAUUUGGUGUGUUUGGAUGUGAGUGUGUGUUUUGGAGUUUAAAGAUAUUUAUACAAGUCCAACAGAAAAAAAAAAAACAAAUCUUGAGAAAGUGGGGGUUGAAAAACCACAUCUGAGACAGCCAACCAUUUUUUAAAGAAGAGCUGUGUAUGAUUUCAGCACUGGCAGUUUUAAAUUUUGUAUAAAAUAUAAAUGUUGAAAGAGCUACUGCUAAGUGGAAAGGUUAUGGAUUUUGUUACGUGCAGUGAGCCUGAAUGCUGUGGUGUGCCCCAUUUUCACCUCUGUUUUUACAGUGGUGGACAAGAGCACAAGUUAGCCAAACUUGACAUUUAUGAUGGGAUUGUAACUCUAGCCAAGAUUCAAAAAAUUCCACAAAGUGAUUGAUUACAGUGUUUGAGUCAGUGAUGGUGUGCCAGACAAAGCGUCAAGUGAAAACAUUGCCAUAUCUGCUAGGUGUCAGGUGUCAUUUUCUCCUGUUUUGUGACCCAGUUUAAAAAAGUAAGCCCACUGGCACGUGUGAUAAUAUGCAAAGAUGAUAACUUGUAAAAGUGCAGCCCGAUUGCGCUUAUCAGUCCAACUGAGGAAUUUGUCAAAUGCACCCCUCAGGACUAAAUGAAAGCAGCCAUUUUACUAAUUGUGAACAGAAGCCGUAUCCUCAACUAAGACACAGUGCAGCGUUUGAAGGAGAAUUUUGCAUUAUUUGGUAAGUGGAAUGUUGCGCCUUAAUUAAAGCAAACUUUCUCCUCAACGUUAAAAUGACACAGGGUGUUCUCCUUAAUGCCUGUAUCUCUUUAAUAAGCCUGUUGCGGUGAUGUGUUUUUGUUUCUGUGUGAUGUUUUAGUGAGCUUUGUGCACAGAAUUUGGGAAAAAUGCCAGAAUGCCUCUUAGGUUUGCUCAGAUGACUGAAGCCAUGCCCACCUAAUGUGUUUUUGUUUUUUCCUCCCCUGGGUAAUUUUUUUUAGCUUAUGGGGGAAGAUUGUUCCAUAUGGAUUGGCAGUUAAUGUGUUUUUGUGGAUGAGUGAUGAGGUAUAUUGGAAUGGAGGCUUCAUUUUAUGAUCUACAGUAAAGCCUCUGUUGGCAACACUGAGGUAGUUUUGGGUUUUCUUGGUUUUCUCAUUGACUGUCCUCUGCAUGAGUGUACCCAGCAUUCUACAGGUAACAACAGGGUUUCUGCUGCGUGUGAGUUUUUGUUAGCCUUCGGCUAAGCCAUGUUUUUCAUUUUAGCUCUUGAGCCCCACAGCUUUUCAUCGUGGGUUGUAAAUUUGGGGAUGUUGGCUGUCGCCAUUUUCUGACAGCCUGAGUUGCCUCGAAAGCUUGCAUAUUGUAAUCUUUCUAGUUAGCCAAUAAAAGGUGUCAUUUUGCUUGGCUUUUCUCUACAUUCAUAAUGGCUAACACAGUACAACACCCUAGUACUACUGACAGUCCUUUAAAAGUCUGGCCUCUGUGCUACAUACCUCUCUUUUGUGCUGACAUUUAUGUGGCUAUUGACAAAUCCAUUCUUAGAAGAACCAGCUCUCACUUUUCUACAUGCGUAAAGUAAAGAGACUUAGACGGCAAGAUACAAACAACAAAUGACAAUCACAGACACAGGCAGAAAACGGCCAUUUCCAAUUUUUGCUUCCCAGUGCUGGGCACUGGAAGGCAAAACUAAUCCCAAAAUACGUCUGCCAUCUAAACUUCCUCACGUGGAGGUGAAACUGAUGGAGGGGGUGAAUUUUCUUAUGGUACUGAAGCAGCGUAGAACCUCUUGGGAUUGCAUUUUCUUUAAACUGGCAUGAACUCUGCUACAUUGGGUUUCCAGCCAGCUUAUUGCCUUCAGGUCGGAAUGAAAUCCUGAUCUGAAAGCUUUUUUUUGUUUUUCUUUUGAAGGAAACAGAAAUAUUGGCAAGUCUCUGUUGUGGUUGUUUUGGUAAGUCACUACAUGAAGACUAGAAUUGUGCUUUGCUUACAGAGACAAUUUCACAAGAAACCAGCCAUUCUACAUAUCAGUUCAUGAAGCUUGGGGAUACAUCUCAUGGGUCCUCCCGUGAAAGUGUCUUGAGUAUAUUUAAUGUUUAAUUUAUAGAACGUCAAGUAUUCAAGUUAAGUAUUGCUGUUUGUUCACUCAUGUACAUAACCCCAGCAGCAGGGGUGUAAAUAUCUUUGUUCUUGUACAGAAAGCACCAAUCUUCCAGUAAAAUGCGGUUAUUGUUUUAA